GAUGUAAGAUUGAAUUAAAAAUAAAGCAAUUCUCUUGACAAAUAUAAUUGAUAACAUCAUAACAUGUUUCCUAGAAUCUCUUGGCUAUGCGAUAUAAAAGAUACAAACUCGCGCCACCGGCAAUUACUGCAAAGUACCCUUGAAAAAAUGGACUGAGAAGUAAAGAUCUGAGGGAAAAACCAGAAGAAGGAUUCCUCCUGCCACUUCGCUCGCUGACUUGAGAUAAAACAUGAGUGGUGACAGUCAAUUUCUCAAGCCUAUUCCGUUGGUCAUCAUUAAUCUCUCUGUUUAUCAGCUCAAAGUAAAGGUAGACGAAAUGUUUGCAGUAUUCCAGACAGUCGCUUUGCAGCAAGAGGUAGUUCUUGUCAGCAAUCAUUGCCAUUAUGACAUUCAUGGCUUUGAGCGAGAGAGUCAGUGUUCCAAUAUAGAGACAGUAGUCAAACUCUGGGUCUCUUCCAGCUAGAUCCACAACAUCAGGCUGUACAUAAUAUUUGUCAUCUUCAUCUAGAACAAUAUGGUAUCUUCGUAUUUUUGUAUCUUCCUUUAGGCAUUCUCCAAUAUCAAAAGGGCUGACAAAUUCACAGCCCAAAAGGUCGACGUUUCCAAGGUGUUUUUCCUCUACAGCCCAAAUUGCAGCAUGCGUGUUGUGCACAAUAAGAAAAUACACCCAGUCGGGCCAGGUUUGUUCGGGUUCACUCUUGAUGCGAGGGUGCUCGCGCAAGCCGUCGUAUCUCCUGUUCAGCACGUCCCAAACAAUGUCCAUCACCUCUCUGUCGAAUCCAGAUUUAAUUUCACCUUGCUUAUUCAACCCUAGCUUUUCCUCAAGUCUUCUUCUUCUCAAAUUCUGUGCCGCCAUAAUGACAAGAUCGAGAUUAUUGAUUUUGUUGUUGUUGUUAUCUGGGCUUGGGUGUGGUUGGCUGUAAUGGGGCGGGGCUUGUUCCUUGCAAUAAUUUUGCUGCUCCAUCUAAAACCAAAACUCAUUUUCUCUGAUUAUUGUUAUACAGAGCGGGAUUGUGCCGUAAUGGAAGAGAAGACGAUGAAGAGCAUCAGUCACAACACUUCAGACGCCUCCCUCAGGCUAGUGAACGACACUACAGUACCGCCAUUGAAGGAGGGGGACGUACUAAUCAAAGUUUCUGCUGCUGGAGUGAAUCGUCUUGACUUGUUGCAAGUGAGAGGAUUGUAUCCACCUCCACCUGGAGAAUCGGAAAUAUUAGGAGUAGAAGUUUCUGGUACAAUAGUGUCUCUGUCUCCAUUGGCUGGGUCUAAUUCAGGAUUUAAGAUUGGCGAUCGAGUCAUGGCUCUUAUAGGUGGAGGAGGAUAUGCAGAAUAUUGUACGGCUCCGUAUCAGUGUGUGAUGCCAAUACCUCAGUCACUGAGUUUCAAUAAAGCAGCCGCAAUUCCUGAAGCAUAUUUGACUGCCUACCAAGGUUUAGUGUGGAAUGGCGACCUACAGGAUAAUCAGACAGUACUGAUACAUGCUGGGGCAAGCUCAGUUGGAUUAGCUGCUAUUCAGUUGGCUAGGGUACUGCGAGAGGGCGUGGUUGUUAUAGCCACUUCAAGGACAGAGGAGAAGCUAGUGCAGUGUACAGAAAAUGGAGCACAUUUUGUCAUUAAUUCAAAAGAAAAAGACUUUAAGGAGGAAGUUAUGAGAAUCACCGAAGGAAAAGGUGUUGAUGUAAUUUUAGAUUUCAUAGGUGCGUCAUAUUGGGAUAAUAACAUAGCUUCAUUAGCUACUGAUGGUCACAUUGUACUAUUAGGAAUGUUGGGUGGAGUAACCACGCCCUCUCCGGUUAAUCUCGGCCUCUUGCUCAAGAAGCGUUUGACUGUUAAAGGCUCAACUUUAAGGAGUAGGUCGUUACCAUAUAAGGAGAAGCUAGUAUCAGAGCUCAGUGCUAAUGUCUUGCCUUUAUUUACAAGUGGAAAGGCAUGGCCCAUUGUGGACAGUGUAUUCCCAAUGGAGGAUGCAGCAAAGGCUCACAAAAGAAUGGCAGACAAUGCUAAUAAAGGAAAAAUAAUACUGACUCUCUCUUCUGAUGACUAAAAAGAUAAAGAUACAAUAAUAAACUUUUGUUAGUUUUAAAUCUUGCUUACUUUGAAAUGACGUUAAAAAUUAA